AUGUUCCGAGUUGCCAGAAAUUCCAACAACUCUAGUUUCCAGGUCUCUGAAUUCAUCCUCAUGGGAUUCCCAGGCCUUCACGAGUGGCAGCACUGGCUCUCCCUGCCCUUUUCUCUGCUCUACCUCUUAGCUCUUGGUACAAAUCUCCUUAUCUUGAUCACCAUCAACCAAGAGACAGCACUAAACCAGCCUAUGUAUUCUUUUCUGGCCAUCCUGGCUGUGGUGGACAUGGGCUUGGCUACCACUAUCAUGCCUAAGGUUUUGGCCAUAUUAUGGUUCAAUGCUAAAGUCAUCAGUCUUCCUGAGUGUUUUACUCAGAUGUAUGCCAUACAUUGCUUUGUGGGCAUGGAGUCGGGAAUCUUCCUCUGCAUGGCUAUUGAUAGAUAUGUGGCUAUUUGCCAACCUCUACGAUAUCCAUCAAUAAUUACUGAGUCUUUUGUGGUCAAAGCAACUGUAAUCAUGGUACUCAGAAAUAGCCUAUUAACCAUUCCAGUGCCAGUGUUGGCUGCUCAGCGACACUACUGCUCCCAAAAUCAAAUUGAGCAUUGUCUGUGCUCUAACCUUGGAGUCACUAGUCUAUCCUGUGACGACAGGACCAUUAACAGCAUCUACCAUCUGAUUUUGGCUUGGACACUCAUGGGUAGUGAUCUUGGUAUGAUCAUUUCAUCAUAUAUUUUGAUACUCCAGUCUGUGCUAAGAUUGAAUUCAGCAGAAGCUGCAUCUAAAGCACUGAGCACCUGUACUUCCCAUCUCAUUCUUAUUAUUUUCUUCUACACAACUGUUGUUGUCAUUUCUAUUAUUCAUAGUGCAGCAAAGAUAAUUCCCCUCUUCCCAGUUCUACUUAAUGUGUUAAGCAAUGUAAUUCCCCCUGCCCUCAACCCCAUGGUCUAUGCACUCAAAAACAAGGAGCUCAGGCAGGGGUUGGUCAAAGUACUUAGACUGAGCAUCAAAAACUGCUAA